AUUUUUUAAAAUAUAAAACUAUAUAAUUAUUUAUAAAAACUACCGGCAAAUGUGAGUGCAGUGACAGCUAAUUAAUUUACAUAAAAAAAAUGUAUUAUUUAGACAUAUCCCUAAUAAUACCAAAUAAUAAAAAUCGUCAAAUAAGUCAAGUAUUUUUAAAAAAACAUUUGAUGCAAUCAUUGAAACAGGUAUUUGGUGAAAAAGGAUCAAAUUGUUGUAUUGAUAUUAUAAAAUAUAAUCAAGAUAAUAGAAAUUUUAUAUUACGUUGUAAAAACGAAGAUUACGUAAGACUAAGAUCAUCACUUACACUUGCAAGUACUUACGAAGAGGAUAAUUGUAUUUAUAUUGUUAAUAAAUCAUCAGUUAGUCCAUUUGGUUUACUAUCUGACGGUCGUGAUUAUCAACAUUAA